AUGGUAGAAUCCAAAGAAAGUUAAUCUAUAGAUAAUUUUGCUUUUAAUAUUCAGUUUGAAGAUUUAAUUCUAUUGGAGCAGCCAUAUAUCACAUAUAUAUUACUUCUCCUAAAGUCUCACUUCAAUACUGUCGAUAAAAUUAAAUGGGGAAUUGACGAGAAAGAAAAAGAAGAAGAAAGAAAGAGCAAAUAGGGUAAUGUUUUUGAGCAUCUUUCAGCUAUUGGUAAAGAAGCGUCUGGGAUCAAAAAGAAAUUGUAGUGUUAUAGAAAUAUCUUAAGAAUCCACUUUUAUUCAAAAGACUUUGCAAAAUAUAAUUGCCAAAUAUUGAUUUAAAACUAAAAAAAAAAAAGAAAUUAAGAAAAUAAAAAAGCUUUGAAAUAUGAAGAAUGGUUCAAUCAAUAUUAUUAUUAAUGA